UCUCGCCUUGGAUUUUUAACGGUUCCUACUCUUUUCAUUUGUCACUUUGUCUACUCCUCUCUUACAAGAUUUUUUAAGAUUUAGAACCCUAAACAAACAUCAUCCGCAUUAUAUUAUUAACACUUAGCUAAUUAAUCUAAUUUUUGGGUUUUGAUUUGUUUGAUUGAUAAUAUCUGGUUGGUAAAAAGAAAGAUGAAACAGUGACACAAACAAACAAAGAAAAAACGCUAAGAAAAUUAAAGGAAGACUCUUUUUGUGACUUUUUCAUCUUCUUCUUCAAAUUUGAUGCAGAUAUAAGAAACCCCAUAUCUGAAUUUUCUUUAAUUUGGUUAUAAAGAUUGGAUCUGUUCAUGGAUUCAAGGAGGGUGCUGUUAGUUUUAGGGUUGAUUCAACUGUGUCUGGUUCAGUUGGUGUUUGGUGGUGAUAUUGUUCAUGAAGAUGAUAAAGCUCCUAAGAAACCUGGUUGUUCUAAUAACUUUGUUCUGGUAAAAGUCCAGACAUGGAUUGAUAAUGUAGAGAGUCAGGAGUUUGUUGGCGUUGGUGCUCGUUUUGGUACAACCAUGGAGUCAAAAGAGAAACAUGCAAACCAUAGUAAACUUGCACUUGCAGAUCCUCCUGAUUUGUGUAGUCCGCCCAAGAAUAAGCUUGCUGGAGAAGUGAUUUUGGUCCAUAGGGGUAACUGCAAAUUCACAACCAAAGCAAACCAUGCUGAAGCUGCUGGUGCUUCAGGCAUCCUCAUCAUAAAUUUCAAAAAAGAACUGUACAAGAUGGUGUGUGAUCCCGAUGAAACAGAUCUUAAUAUCACUAUACCCGCUGUUAUGCUCCCACAAGAUGCUGGCUUGUUUCUGGAGUCGAGCAUGAACAAUACUUCUAACGUUGCUGUGCAGCUAUACUCUCCAGAGCGUCCGCUGGUCGAUAUAGCAGAAGUGUUCUUAUGGCUCAUGGCAGUCGGUACGAUCUUAUGCUCGUCUUUUUGGUCUGCCUGGAGUGCAAGAGAAGCAGCUAUUGAACAAGAUAAGAUUUUAAAGGAUGCUUCAUUUGAUUAUGUGAAUGUUGAACAAGGUUCUAGUGGCGUAGUAGACAUUAAUACGAUGUCUGCAGUUUUAUUUGUUGUGGUCGCUUCGUGCUUCCUGAUUAUGCUUUACAAACUUAUGUCCUACUGGUUCAUCGAGCUUUUGGUGGUCUUAUUCUGCAUUGGAGGGGUAGAGGGCCUGCAAACUUGCUUAGUUGCUUUGCUUCUGAGGUGGUUUAAAUCUGCUGGAGAAACAUUUAUUAAAGUUCCAAUCUUUGGGGCUAUUUCUUACCUUACAUUAGCCGUUGCUCCUUUCUGCAUAACCUUUGCUGUGGUAUGGGCAGUUUAUCGACGUGUCAACUUUGCCUGGAUUGGCCAAGACAUCCUUGGUAUUGCAUUAAUAAUCACAGUUCUUCAAAUUGUCCGUGUACCCAAUCUCAAGGUGGGAACCGUGCUGCUCAGUUGUGCUUUCUUGUAUGACAUAUUUUGGGUAUUUGUUUCCAAGAGUUGGUUCAAUGAAAGUGUGAUGAUUGUGGUUGCUCGCGGUGACAGAAGUGGAGAGGAUGGCAUUCCAAUGCUACUGAAAAUCCCACGUAUGUUCGAUCCUUGGGGUGGAUUUAGCAUUAUCGGGUUCGGUGAUAUCCUGUUACCAGGAUUACUUAUCGCCUUUUCAUUGAGGUAUGAUUGGCUUUCCAAAAAAUCUCUUCGAGCUGGAUAUUUUGUUUGGGCAAUGUCAGCAUACGGUCUAGGUCUCCUCAUCACGUAUGUAGCUCUAAAUUUGAUGGAUGGACAUGGCCAACCGGCUCUUCUUUACAUUGUUCCAUUCACCCUCGGCACAUUUAUAACACUGGGAAAGAUUAGAGGUGAUCUUUCUAACCUGUGGUCUAGGGGAGAACCUGUUAGACCCUGCCCUCAUUUCCAACUUCAACCCACCAAUCAACCAGAAGAAGAAAUGGAAGAACACCAACACUGAAGCCCUACUAUUACCUGUGUUUGUAUAAAUAGUAAUAUUCGUACUAACAUUAACUGUAUCUGUACCGCAAGUAAAGUUAAAUAGAAAUACUAGCGGUAAUUUGUAGUGUACAAGAAAGAGAUUACCAGGAGCACAGCAUAUGUACUAAGAUAUAUGUGAUACUUUCUGAUUUUAUCGGAUUGUUUCGGUUGCCAAGUACUGAAUGUAUACUUGGGGUAGUAGUAUUACCCUUUUCUGCAAAA